UGGUCCUUCAGUGUUGGAGUCAGCAUCACUCCCUCUCCGACCUACAGCCCGACACAGGAACAUGUUGCUUCACAAACUGUUUGUUUGGAUCCUGUCAGUCCUGUGUGGCACCGACGUGUGUUCUGGGUUCGUCUACGACCGGCCCAAACGCUCAGGAGAGGACAGGACUUCAGCCAGGACAGAGUCUCGCUCUGCGCCUCAGUACGUGCCAUUCUCCGGCUCCUGCAGGAACAGGUGUUUUGAGCUGGUUGAGUUGGAGCCGCCAAGCUGUCGCUGUGACAACCUGUGCAAGACCUAUAACGGCUGCUGCUGGGACUUUGAUCAGCUCUGCCUCAGGACAGACGGAGGUUAUGAGUGCAGUAAAGAUCGGUGUGGGGAGACUCGAAAUGAGCAACAUGCCUGCCACUGCUCUGAUGACUGUCUGGCCAGAGGAGACUGUUGUACCAACUACAAGACGCUGUGUAAAGGGGACUCUUCGUGGCUGCAGGAUGAGUGUGAGGAGAUCAAGACAUCUGAAUGUCCUGCUGGGUUUGUGCGGCCGCCACUCAUCAUGCUGUCUGUGGAUGGAUUUAGAGCUUCUUAUGUGAAGAGAGGAAACACUGUCAUACCUAACAUUGAGAAACUGAGAACAUGUGGAACCCAUGCUCCAUACAUGAGGCCUGUUUACCCCUCAAAGACCUUCCCCAACCUCUACUCUCUGGCUACGGGUCUCUACCCAGAGUCUCACGGUAUCAUCGGCAACUCCAUGCAUGACCCCGUGUUUGAUGCCACCUUCAACCUGAGGAGCCGAGAGAAACUCAAUCAUCGUUGGUGGGGAGGACAGCCAAUCUGGAUCACAGCACUCACACAGGGAGUAGCGGCUGCCACCUUCUUUUGGCCUGUUGCUAUCCCAUUGGAGAGGCGGAUACUGACCAUGCUGCAGUGGCUCCACCUCCCUGACGGGGAGAGGCCCUAUGUGUACGCCAUGCACUCUGAACAACCAGACACAUAUGGACACAAAAUGGGGCCAAUGAGCACAGAAUUGAACAACCCUCUGAGGCUGAUUGACAGAAUUGUUGGUCAAUUGAUGGACGGACUGAAACAGAUGAAACUGCACCGCUGUGUCAACAUCAUCCUGGUGGGGGAUCAUGGUAUGGAAGAGGCUCACUGUGAUCACACCGAGUUCCUCAGUAACUACAUGACCAACGCUGAUGACAUCAUCCUCAUCCCUGGGUCUCUAGGCAGAAUACGCUCAAGAUACCCCAACAACCCUAAAUAUGAUCCCAAGGCUGUUGUUGCAAAUCUAACAUGCAAGAGAGCAGACCAGCACUUUAAAGCAUACUUGAAGCAGCACCUGCCGAAGAGACUGCACUACGCCAACAACCGACGCAUUGAAGAGAUUCACCUGCUGGUGGAGAGGAAGUGGCACGUUGCCAGGAAGGUCCCUGAGGGGAAGAGGCACUGUGGCUUUGCUGGUGACCAUGGAUACGACAAUAAGAUCAACAGCAUGCAGACUAUUUUCUUGGGGUAUGGACCUACAUUCAAAUUCAAGACUAAAGUUCCAGCCUUUGAAAACAUUGAGCUUUAUAACGUCAUGUGUGAUCUUCUGGGUCUGAAACCAGCUCCCAAUAAUGGAACCCAUGGAAGUAUGAACCACCUGCUGAAGAGCCCCCCCUACAGAGCCACCAUGCCCGAGGAGGUUUCCAGGCCAGCUGUCUCUGCUCUCGUUCCUGCAGGAACAGAAGACCUGGGCUGCAGCUGCGACGACAAGAUCUCUGGCAAGAGAUUGUUUCAAUCUCCGAUCUUUUUGCAGUUGCGUGUAAAAAGUAGGGGCCAGAGAGGUUUGAAAGUGACCCUUGUACGAGGCUAUAACCUGGAGCAUCUGUGGCUCUGUCUCUUACAGAACAAAGUGGAGGAGCUAAACCAGCGACUGAGGCAAGCUAUUGAUGACAGCAGGAACUUGCCGUACGGUCGACCUGCCGUCCUCUUCCGUACCAAAUACUCCAUCCUCCACCACAGUGACUACAUCAGCGGCUACAGCGAGGCUCUCUCUAUGCCUCUCUGGACAUCCUACAGCGUCAGCAGACAGGUAGAAGUGUCCCCUCUGCCUGAGGCCCUGUCUAACUGUGUGCGACCUGACACCAGAGUCCCUCCAGCCUACAGUCAGUCAUGUACCAACUACAGAGCAGACAGACACAUCAGCUACGCCUUCCUGUACCCUCCACAAUUGUCCUCAACCAUAGACAAAAAAUACGAUGCUGUCCUCAUCACCAACACUGUUCCCAUGUAUCCUGCAUUCAAGAGAAUAUGGGGCUACUUCCAGAGAGCACUGGUGAAGAAAUACGCCACUGAGAGAAACGGAGUGAAUGUGCUCAUUGGACCCAUAUUUGACUACGACUAUGAUGGCGUCAGGGACUCUGCUGAGAAGAUAAAAGAGUAUGUAAGUGGGAUGAUUCCUGUCCCUACGCACUACUUUGUGGUCCUGACCAGCUGCUUAGACUUCACACAGGCUGCAGACUCGUGUGGCGGGCCGCUCAGCAGCGCCGCCUUCAUCCUGCCACACAGAUCCAGCAACGACGAGACCUGCAACAGCUCAGAGGAGGAGUCUCGCUGGGUGGAGGACCUGAUGAAGAUGCACACAGCUCGAGUCAGAGACGUGGAGAUCCUGACGGGCUUGGACUUUUACCGCAGAACAACCCGCAGCUACGCUGAAAUCCUCUCGCUCAAAACCUACAUGCACUCCUACGAGAGCGAGAUCUGAUAUCUGCUUGCUCUGUUAACCUUCAUGUUGCCGAUCUUUUUACCCGUGGUGGAUGUGUGUGGUACAAUCAUCUCUAUUACACUGACCUACAGCAACUUCAGCUCUCCCUGGAUGCUAUGGCUGUUGUCUGCAGCUGCUCUGCAGUAUCCCUGUUGUGGCCCUUUCACUUCAUCCAUCUGUUAAGAAACAGCUUCAACACCACUGAGCUAGGAGCUGUGCUACUGUCCACUUAUUCUCUUCAACAUUUUAAUUAUUUUCCUGCAAACAAUAUUCCAUAUGUGUAAAAAUGAUUACAUGCUUUCAAGUGGUAAAAUAUCUUAAAUUGCACUACAAAGCCAUCAAGAGAAAUCCAUCAGCUCAGUAUUGAAGCAGGAUGUCACAGUUCCUAUAUGACGUGGAUCCACACAGUUUACUCGUUACACUAUGUUUGCAUUGGACACUUUCUCAUUCAGCGGCUAAGAAGAACUUUCUUUUCUUUUUGAAUGAUAUAAUAAUGCAAUGUUGUUGUUGUGUGUGUACAGUGUCUAUAUGUUGAGUUCAAAAUAUUUUCUGUUUGUGUCUGACUGUUGAUUGUGUGCUUGUGUUUGUUUGUGUUGACUUUUUGUUCCAUGCACAAUAACAAUAAUGUCAAUGAUGAUGAUGAUUUUAUGAUUUAUUAAUGUGUUCCCUAAAACAUUUACCACCUGUGAGACCUAUUUAUGCUUUAUGUACAUUU